AUGGAAGGCAACGGCGAAAGUCAUCGCGAAGGUCACGAUUCCUUUUACGGGCGCAUGUUGAUCGAGGAAUGGGAGCCUCUGUUCCAGUACCAACAGCAGACGCCUGCGUCGUACGACGAUGCUCGCCCGCGAAUACACGCAAUUGCGAGUGGUGCGACUGUCAAACUCGUGCCUAAGCAGUGGCGUUGGGAGUCGGUGUUUCAACACCUCACUAUACAGAAUUUCUCCGACGAUGGUGAAGACGAUAGCGCCGAGGCCGCAGCCCCUCCUCCGAAUCCAGACGAUUCCCUAAUUCACUGUCACCCCAUUGACAUCUGGGUGACGUCGAGUGAGUUGUAUCUGUAUCGUGAGCCGGCAAGAGGCGGCGUCAAGUGCUCCUACAGGUCGAUGCCCAUUGUGGGUGUGCAGGGUGCCGACCUCUACAUCCAGCUUAACCUCUCCGACGACGACACUCCUGAUGACGAGAUCGAGUUCAUGGAGCUGCGUAUCACCGCAGACGAGGUCGACAGCUACGACCAAAGUGACAUAGCGACUGGAGGAACCUUGAACGAGGAUGGUUCAAUCAAGCUCACCACAAACGUGGCCGAUGUUCUAUGCAGGGCCAUUUCCGCAUGUCAUGACUUGCAUCCGGAUCCGCCAUCGCCUGGGGAGGAAGACGUAGACAUGGAAGAGGACACCAGACCCGGUGCAGGAGGUUGGAUCACAUCCGAGAAUCUUGCCGAGUAUACGGACGAGAACGGCAACUUCAGAAUGCCGGAGGGCAUCACCGUGAUCAAUGGAGACGAAGAGUACGAAGAGCAGGAACCACUAGGUCCAGGCGCUGGUACGACGAGGACAGCAGCAGAGGCUGUUGAGGCCGGCACACUGGAAGAAGCCGAUCGUCCUGGACCGCCAGGAUCCGGACCAUCAGGAUCAGGAACAUGA